CACAGCAGAUGAUCCUCAGUACUGGCAGAGGGAGACUCAGAUCUCUCUGGCUGCCCAGCAGGUCUUCAAAGCCAACAUCGAAGUUGCAAAGCAGCGCUUCGACCAAACUGGAGAGCUGCGAUGUUCUGGAGGAAAGAUGGAGAGGAGCUUCAUGAGGACGUGGACCACGGAGAUAUCCUCCCCAACAACGAUGGAUCCUUCCAGAUGAGUGUUGACCUGAAACCUCCAUCUGGAGACUGGGAGAAGUACGAAUGUGUGUUUCAGCUCUCUGGUGUGAAGAACGACAUCGUCACCAAACUGGACAAAGCGAAGAUCAGAACCAACGAAGAGUCGGACACUUCAUCAACUACAGGAAGUCAAGACAGCACCUCACUAUUGAUCUAGGUAACUAAUGUCUGUCUGAAACAUCACCUGCAUGUCGAUCAUUCAUUUUUGUUCUGUUUGUUAAUGAAUGCAGGUAUUUGUCCUCACAGAAGUUUGAAGAGGAGGGUGAACUCUGCUCCAUGAGAAAUGGGAAUCGGAAUUUAACUUUUUGGAAAAGAAAUAAACAUGUUUUAUUACAGUAAAGACACAAUCUGCUGCGUUGCUAGAUGCCACGCCUAUACACAGAACAUACUUAAAAUAAAAGCAUCAAUACUAACUAACGUAUUUUACAGUACAGUUUACAGCACACUGAUAAAAUACUUAUAUCUGCUGCUAGUAUUUAGAGACAAGUAAUGUUUGUAUCUUUUGUAAAAAGUAAUUGAUCAAUGAUUCUCAAACUAACUUCUUGUGUUUGGUUAAGUAGAUAAACGUCAGAUGAAGUUGACCUGCUAUUUCAUUCUUUUGUACUGUUGAUUUGCUUUUUAAUAAAGUCCCAGAUUUUCUAAA